AUGGCCACUCCUUUCCUCGUCUCCUACGACCCCGCCUCCGCCUCCAACGGCAUCUCUCUUCAGCAGAUUGCAUACUUCGGUCGCGUUUUGGUUAAAGCUGCAGAUGUCGCCCAAAUAGAGAAUUUUGUUAAACAAAACUUCCGCCGCCUUGACGUUUACGUCGAUGCCACUGCCAUCACCUCCACCGGUGACCUUGUCGAUAUCCUUAACGCUGGUGCGGCCAAGAUCUUUAUCUCUCUCGACCAACUGACGGCACUCUCCGAAGAACAGUCGGUACCGUCGUCGCGCCUCGUUGUAUAUACCUCCUCCGAUAGCCAAGUGGAAGCCUUCCAGAAAUGGGUAUGCCAGCACAUUGAGCGGGAAGAAGCGGGCCUUGCAACCGAUGCCUCCGCCGUCCACGCCAUCUCCGUCAAGCUGGGCUUGAACCCCGAAGCUCAACUCCUCUACCGCACAUACUCCGGAGAUGUGACAGAGGCCGCUAUAAAGGAUACCAUGAAGCAAGGGGCUGUCAGCAUUGUGCCUGCCACCGCGCUAACGGUCGAGCGGGAUGAGUCAAGCGGCAAGAUCCAGGCCGGCUCGCUCAUCGCAGCCCGUGGUGUCGCGGACCAGGGCAAUGGUCUUUAUGCCACCACGGUGACUGACGAGAGAGGCACGUGCCUUGGCUUCGUAUGGAGCAGCGAUGAGAGUAUUGCGGAGGCGCUCCGCACGGGUACCGGCGUCUAUCAGAGUCGCAAGCGUGGUCUUUGGUACAAGGGUCAGUCUAGCGGAGAUGUCCAGGAGUUGAUCCGUGUUGGUUUCGAUUGCGAUAGCGAUUGUUUGGUUUUCGUUGUCAAGCAGAUUGGCAGAGCCAGCUGUUUCGGUCCUUACACUGGUCUUUCACGUCUGAACAAGACUCUCCAGGCUCGCAAAGCGGACGCGCCUGCUGGUUCAUAUACUGCCCGACUGUUCAACGAGCCGAAGCUUGCUCAAGCUAAGAUCAUGGAGGAAGCAGAAGAGCUGUGCAACGCAACGACCAAGGAAGAGAUUGCCUUCGAGGCCGCUGAUCUCCUCUACUUUGCUCUCACGCGCUGUAUCGCCGCUGGCGUCAGUCUUGAGGACGUCGAGAGAAACCUCGACCUCAAGAGCUUGAAGGUGAAGCGGAGAAAGGGUGACGCCAAGGGCCCCUGGGCCGAGAAGGCUGGCCUCGUUCCCACUGCUGCUGAAUCCAAGCCCGCAACAGCACCGGAGAAGAAAGAAGAGCCCAAGGCAGAUGACUCGCGGAUUGAGAUGAUACGCGUUGUCACCGCCUCGACUCCUGCUGAAAAGGUCCAAGAUUACCUCAAGCGUCCAUCGCAAAAAUCCAACGAUGCGAUCGUUGGUCUCGUGAAGCCUAUUAUCCAGGAUGUCCGUGAAGGUGGAGACGCUGGAGUGCUCAAAUACACUCACAAGUUUGAGAAGGCCACCUCUCUGACAUCUCCCGUUAUCAACGCUCCCUUCCCUCCAGAGCUCAUGAAGCUUACCCCCGAGGUCCAAGAGGCUAUCGACGUCAGUAUAUCCAACAUUGCCAAGUUCCACAGUGCUCAGAAGAGCAGCAACGACACGCUCCAGAUGGAAACCAUGCCCGGCGUAGUAUGCUCACGCUUCUCACGUCCUAUCGAGCGCGUCGGUCUCUACAUUCCCGGUGGAACUGCCGUGCUGCCUUCAACAGCGAUGAUGCUGGGCGUUCCUGCCAUGGUGGCUGGCUGCAAGAAGAUCGUCUUUGCUUCUCCUCCACGCGCUGACGGCAGCAUCACUCCGGAGAUUGUGUACGUUGCGCACAAGGUAGGAGCCGAGAGCAUUGUCCUCGCCGGUGGCGCCCAAGCUGUGGCAGCCAUGGCUUACGGCACGGAGAGCAUCAGUAAGGUCGACAAGAUCCUCGGACCUGGUAACCAGUUCGUCACAGCCGCAAAGAUGCUGGUCUCCAAUGACACGUCUGCGGGCGUCAGUAUUGAUAUGCCCGCUGGGCCAAGUGAGGUGCUCGUGAUCGCAGACAAGCACGCCAACCCCGCAUUUGUCGCCUCGGAUCUUUUGAGUCAGGCCGAACACGGUGUCGACUCUCAGGUUAUCCUCAUUGCCAUCGACCUGAACGAGCAGGAACUACAGGCGAUUGAUGACGAGGUUGAUCGCCAGGCCAGAGCCCUUCCCCGGAUGGACAUUGUCCGAGGAUCUCUCGAACACUCGGUGACAUUUGUGGUGAAGGACCUUGAGGAGGCGAUGGCUCUUAGCAACGAUUAUGCCCCGGAACACCUUAUCCUGCAAAUCGAGAAUGCCGAGUCUGUGGUGGAAAAGGUCGAGAACGCCGGCAGUGUCUUUAUUGGACAAUGGACGCCUGAGAGUGUCGGUGACUACUCUGCAGGCGUGAACCACUCUUUGCGUAAGUUCUCCAUCGCUAGUCUGUCUGUGUUUAUACUAACCCUUCCAGCAACAUACGGAUACGCCAAGCAGUACUCUGGCGUCAACCUGGGCUCCUUCCUCAAGCACAUCACCAGCUCUAACCUGACAGCAGACGGGUUGCUCCGUCUCUCUAAAACGGUAGAGACGCUCGCAGCUGUUGAGGGCCUGGACGCCCACAAGCGGGCUGUAAGCAUCCGCGUGGCUGCGAUGAAGCAGCAAUAG